AUGAAUGAUAGUGACACACCUCAAGAUGAUUUGGAUACGACAGAUAUAAUUGAAAUAUUCUUACAAUCAGAUGAUUUUACUCUACACAAUGUAGCAUAUGUUAAAAAUGUCCGUUAUUGCACAUUAUUAUUUAGCUAUAGAAAACAAUAUAGUGAUGCAUGUAUUCGAUUCCAAUUUUUACAAUUAGAAGAAAGAUUUGGAUUCAUUAGGUGUAUUGUUCAACAUGAUAAUAAUUCAUAUAUUUUAAUAGAAGAAUUACUAUUAUUGGGUAACAUAAAAAUUAAAUUAAACAAAAUUAAUUUUUGUGUACCAUUUAUUCUUAAAUGUAAACCAUUGCAACAAUUUCAUUUAAAGAAAUUUGACGACAUUAUUUCAAAAUUAUCCUACCAGAUACUACCUGGUAAUCAAGUACAAGUUUUUGAAUUUCCAAAUAUAUUGGAUAGCAGUUAG